AUGCCGAUGCUGCUCCGCACGUUGGUGUCGGCGUUGCGCCGCCCUCCGCAUCCGUCUGUUCGUCACCUUCAUGCGUGCACUGCUCUCCAGGCUUCUGCUGCAUCUGUUUCCGUCGCUGUUGAACCCAAAAGCUCAUCUUCCAGCGUCAAUGAUAGUCAAAUAUUGACACUCUUAGAGCACUCGAUCACCCAGCGCCUACCGACGCAGGCACUCGGCCACUUGGCACAGCUUCAAGCGCCUCCAGGUGCCCAACUAUUGCAGAGACUAGCGGUGCUGCUGGCUCGACAGAAGACGAGUCGAGGCCAUGCACUACGUUCCUUCGAGAUUCUACGCGGAGUGUACCGAGCCCCAGGUUUAAAGCCCGACGACUACACGAAACUGGCAUCCAUUUACGUCAUGGACGCAUGCCUACGCUACCGACUGUUGGAUCAUGCAAUGGAGUUGUACGAUGAAGCUGUGAACCAGGCUGUGGUGCUGGACUUGCCGGCGUAUGACGGACUGCUGAGAGCGUUACUGGAUGUGAAAAGGGUAGAGGAGGCCACGGAAAUCCUCAGAGAAGUCGUGAAUGGUGAGGACGUGUGUCCCAUGGAGCAGACCUUCUUGCCUGUGCUCGUGGAGCUGGUGAAGAGCCGCGAGUAUGACGACGCGACGGAGCUCAUGAGGCAGGGACAGACACGUGGGGUGGAGUUUACGGGCGAGACGUUCCAUCCGCUACUGAUGCUGGCAGAAAAAGACACAACGUCGACGGACUCGCUCAUUAAAUUCCUGUCAUUUGUUGAGGACGCCUGGGAAGAAUACAAGGAAUUUGACCCCGAGGAAGACUUGGACGACCCAGAAAACCCCUUUCGUAGUCUCUAA